AUGUCUGCCGCCGCCGCUGCAGAGACGGCCUCGACAAAGGCGACCGAUGCGCUCGCACCGAAUGCCGAUGCCAUUGCCCGCUCGACCGAGUCGGUGCCUUUGGAGAGCAUCCGCCGCUCUACUGAAGCCACGAGUUCCGCGCACAACGUCGCCCCCGCCGAUGGCCCAGCACCCGACGCCAUUGACACCACGGAUACGACCGAGCCAGUCUCGUCCGCUUCUGCGCUUGCUGAGCCCUCUGCCUCUGCGCCCCAAGUGCCCGCUAAGUCGGGGGAAGCCAUAGAACAAGGUCCCGAGCCGCCUGCAAAGGAGGCCGACGACGCCAUCGGCCCUGCCCAAGAGCACAUCAACUCUGGCGCUUCAACAGAGCCUGGUGCUCCUCCUGUGUGCAAUAUCACUCUGCUCUUGACGUCUGGCAGCCGCCACCCCUACAGAAUCGAUGCCAAGUACCUGUCCAGAAGAAACGUGGCUAUACCUGAAGAGACCGAAAACGGCCUUCCAGAUCCGUUCAGCAUCAGUAUAUACACUCUCAAAGAGCUAAUACUGCGAGAAUGGCGCAGUGAUUGGGAGGCUAAGCCUGCUAGUCCCAGCAGCAUACGUCUCAUUCACUUUGGAAAAUUGUUGGAUGACAAGGAGCCACUCCGGAAAUAUCAAUUUAGCUCUGAAGCCCCCAACGUGGUGCACAUGAGCAUCCGGCCCCAAGAUCUGGAUGAGGAGGAGACCAAGACCGGGGGGAAGAGUCUUGGUGCCGGCAGUGGCGACGGUCAACGCUCAAGAUCCGGAGGCUCGUGCUGCGUUAUUCUUUAA